UACAGUUCUUGGCCGUGUUGGACAUGUGAUGAAAAAGUGACUGGUUCGCGCGCUCCGCUGCACCUCCUAUUUCAUCAUCAGUGGAGCUUUUCUCUCCUUCACUGUGUGCUCGCUGUCUCCUCCUCUCGUCCUCUCUCUCUCCCUCUUCUUUUUCUCUCUCUGUUUCGGUUGCUCCCCUCUUUCUGCUCCAGCCACACGCAAGGGGGAGACUUAAGCUCUACGAGGGAAAAAAAAAAAGAAAAAAAGUCUGCUGCUAUUUCUACAGUCAGGGCCUCCCCACAGCCCGCCCUUCCAUAGACGGAGCUUUUUUUCACUCACUACUGGCUGGAUUUUAACCCUCUGCCUCCAACUAGCUGCACAGCAGCUCUGCAAAACCUGGCAACAAGUUGCUUUUUAGGGGCCUUUUCUUACUUUUGCCGCAUUGAUUUUUGCACCCCUUUGGAUUUUGGCACUGUUUCAUCUGUUUUCCUGUAAUUUAUUUUCUAAAAAUGUACUGCGUCUUCCUGUUUUUUUUUCUUUGCUGGUGGGUUUCUAGUAGUAUUUAUUUGGUUUCUCUCUUUUUGGAUGGAAAUUUGUCAAGGUGGCGUUUCUCAGUGUGAUGGGCCUUGAUCCACCUGGAGUGCCAGGGUGCCAUUUCUGACGGGUAACCUGCUUGUGGUGGUCUCGUGGUCUGGAUGACCACUGUGGAUGACAAUCAGAGAAUGUGACCAGCGUCUAACCGCAGUGCACAUAUGUGUUUUAAAGAAAUGUCCGCGAUCAGCGCCAGUGACCGGCGUGAAGUACCGCACCUUCUACGUCUUUACUCUCUGUUGCUCCUUCUAUUUCCCUUCCAUGUCCUCUCUUUCGCUGUCUCUCUGUGUCUCUCUCUCACCCUUGUUCUCUCUCUUUCACACCGACUCGCUCUCCUAACACGGGAAUGAGUGGUGUGCUGAGCCGGAGCUCUUUCUGGGACAGGUGCCAGCUGCAAACAAAAGACAUUAAAAGGCAAUGAGAGGAGAAAAAAAUUGUAAAAUGUAAAAUGUCAGCUGUAGCCCCGCAUGUUGUGUCUCUACAUGACCGAUUUGUGCUGUUAUUGCAUGUGUGUAUGAAGUAUGAAAACUGAUGUUGUGACCGAAGCUGUUGGUAAGACAGAGGUUUGAAUACUUUGCCACACUUAUUCUAGUGAAGGCAUUUCAUUCGGGAAGAGGGAGGGAGUAAUGUGGGAGACCAGCAUAUAGACUGCUGAAUUAUUCAUGUGCUCAGCCAAGGCUGUGACUGGACUGGUUGUGCUAUUUGCAUGCAUCAGACAUGCUGUUUGUCUGUUUGCUAACAUUCCUCAUUCAAAGACUUGUUAACUAGCAGACGGGCUUAGCUGGAGCCUUGCAGACAGCCUCAUGGCCUCCUAUUGUUUCAGGCCUCACCAGGCCUGGACCCAGCUGGUGGCAGGGAAGCCGGGCAGCCUUGAGCUUGGGGCUGAGACUGUGAGGCUGAAAGAGGAGAGUGAGUCUGGAGGUGAGACCGACCCGGGCGCUCAGGCAGGAGCUGAGGCUGAGGCACGGCUCUGAACGGGACAGUCUGAGGGAAAUCACUGGGUCUUGCAAGAAGCACCAAACGGGCUCUUAUGGCUUUCUCCUCUUCUUGACAGAGAUAUGGAUCAAAGCGGGAAGACCUGCCGAAAUUCACAUCUCGACCGGACAUUUACCAUCUUUCCUCUCAAAAAUUGCCACAGGCACAAGCAAUUUGGCCAACAAGUGAAAUCACGGACAGACAGACUGGCGAUCACAGCAGCAUCAAGUAACAGAUUUCCCCUCUCCGGGGGUUUUCAGCCGGAGUCUACCUGACAUGCUGUUGAAACCGUGAUGGAGGGAGGAGGCGAUAGGCCAGAGCGCCCCCUCCUCCCCUUCGCUGCAUGUUACAGAGCAGUCUGAUGAGUGAGAGUGCUGCCAGCCCGCUCCUCCACCACGAUGGUCGACAUGGAGAGCCACUACCAUCCCCCUUCUCCCCUGGAGGACACAGUGCUGGACAGCCCUCUGUGUGCUGAUGAUGAUUUCCUGGGUGGCAUGGAGGAGCUCCAGGACAUCUCCCAAUCCAUCAACGACGAUGCCCUAAGCUCCUUUGAUGUCCCUGAAUACCAGUCCUCCAGCAAUGGCUCAGAAGGUUCUACUGUCCUAGAUGCCCUGACACCAGCAUCCAGCCCAUCGUCAGUGGUUUAUGGGAUGGCAACGAGCCAAGACGAGUUCUCAUCUUCCUCCUCAUCACUCAAUCUGGAGUGCCGAGUGUGUGCUGACCGCGCCUCGGGCUACCACUACGGAGUCCACGCCUGUGAGGGCUGCAAGGGGUUUUUUCGACGGACCAUCCGUCUGAAGCUGGAGUAUGACAAGUGUGAGCGCCGCUGCAAAAUCCAAAAAAAGAACCGCAACAAGUGCCAAUACUGCCGCUUCCAGAAGUGCCUGUCGGUGGGCAUGUCCCACAAUGCCAUCCGCUUUGGUAGGAUGCCCCAGUCAGAAAAGCUAAAACUAAAGGCGGAGAUGGUGACGGGGGACAGGGAGGUGGAAGAUCCCCAGCUAGCAGACCAGAAGACCCUGGCCAGGCAGAUUUAUGAGGCCUACCUAAAGAACUUUAAUAUGAACAAGGCCAAGGCUCGGACCAUUCUUACGGGCAAGACCAGCACCCCUCCUUUCGUCAUCCACGACAUGGAGACCCUCCAGCUGGCAGAGCAGACACUGGUGGCCAAGAUGGUCGGCUCCGCAGGAGUGCUGAAGGACAGGGAAGUAGAAGUGCGGAUUUUUCAUUGCUGCCAGUGCACAUCCGUGGAAACCGUCACAGAGCUCACAGAGUUUGCAAAGUCCGUCCCUGGGUUCUCGAGUCUGGACCUCAAUGAUCAGGUGACUCUUUUAAAAUACGGAGUGUACGAAGCCCUCUUUGCCAUGCUCGCCUCCAGCAUGAAUAAAGACGGGCUUCUUGUAGCGUAUGGCUCAGGCUUCAUCACCCGGGAGUUCCUCAAGAGCCUGCGGCGCCCCUUCAGUGAGAUGAUGGAGCCUAAGUUCCAGUUUGCCAUGAAGUUUAAUGCGCUGGAGCUGGAUGACAGUGACCUGGCUCUGUUCGUGGCCGCGAUCAUCUGCUGUGGAGACCGACCAGGCCUGGCGAACGUGGCACACAUUGAGACGAUGCAGGAGAGCAUUGUGCAGAUCUUGCAGCUCCAUCUGCUGGCCAAUCACCCUGAUGACACUUUCCUCUUCCCCCGGCUACUGCAGAAACUGGCUGACCUCCGGCAGCUAGUCACUGAGCAUGCGCAGCUGGUGCAGGAGAUCAAAAAGACUGAGGACACCUCACUGCACCCACUCCUGCAGGAAAUCUAUAGAGACAUGUACUGAAGAUUGUGGAGGAAUAAACCCAGAGAGGAACACCACAAACCAUCUCCGUUUUGUCAGGGACAUAAGAAGAGGAGUAGUCCUCCAUAAGCUAGGGUUGAACUACUUGACCCCACCACCCCCAAUGCAGCAACAGUUAGCUUUGGCUUGUGGUCACCUCAAGAGGACUAGUUCAGGCCCCCGACUGGAGGCCGAUGGUUCUCUUGGCUUGGCACGGUUCUCUCCACUCCAUCGUGUGGACCUUUGCAGGCAGAAAAAUCUUGUAGAUGAGAUGUGAUAUACUAGUACAGCUGUUUGAGCCCCUGUCUAGAUACCAGUGUAUGCAAUCUCUGACCAAACUCUAAAUGAAAAUUUAGGUGACCUCCUUGGUUAUCGUCUACGAGCCCUAAAAUGAGGAAAGAAAGUUAACUUGAUAAUUGCCACUCCAGCAGUAUGUUUGAAUAUAAAUUUUUAUACUGAUGUCGGAGAGCAAAGAGCCAUAUAUACGUAGAGUUAACGACACCCAAAUGACUUCAAUGGCAGCAACAACAGAAACGAUGCAGUUUUAAAGCAAGGCAGCUUUGGUUGAAUUGGCUGUCAAUAAAAAGUGGUGAUGGUACUUAAUGCACCAGCCCUUCAGCAUGUUUUCUCACCUUUUUAUAACCAGACACAUCUGUGGUGUCACCAGGCUCCUGAAUAUAAUCAUUCAUGUGUACUGUAAGUCCUUGAAGCCAUACUUUGUAAUGAUACUGGAAAGUUUCAUUAUCUUAUCUUUCCGUCGCCUUUCUCUUCCUAAUAAGACAGUAUCAAAAUUUGCCAUGGAUUAGUCUCACUUAUUUUUCAACUUGUUCAUAAACUGUACAGGCAAUAGUCAUUCAACUCUUUAAAAUAAGGUAGCAAAAGGAGAAAAUCUGGUGCUCUUCAAGACACAGUCAGAGAUUCACUGUGUACAUUGGAAGCACAGACACGCCUGACAUUUUUGUACCGGACCUCUGUUAAAUGCCUUUUUCCCAAAACACUUGCGCAACUGUUUGGCACUCCACAGUGUUUUGUGUCCUGAUAUUAUUGGGCUAAUGCUAAGAUACCCUUUAUCUUGCAUUGCAACCUUAACGCAGGCAGACAUAAAGCUAGAACUUUGUUCACUCAGUGAAUCAAAUCAAGCAAACUAUUAUUAUUGAUAAUACAGAUAUAGUCAUGUUGGCUCCAGCUACCAUUGUGUUUCACUAGUUGUGUAUCAUAACAUGCAGCUGAUGAAGAUUCAGGGGUCUUAUCUGCACAUUUUUUGUAAGAUGACAAACAAAUUAUUCAUUUUUUCCCCCACUGAGAUAGCUACAAUGGUAUGGCCUCAUAUAUUACACAAUUACUCCUAUGAUUAGAAGUUUUUCAUCCUCAGAUAUACAUUAUUUUGAAUGGAAAUGUUUCUGUUUUGUUCUGGAGGUUUCUGAAAAAUUGACUGUCAAUUUAAACAAAGUGUCCAUCAGAACCUACACAGAUAAAAUAUGAGUCUGCGGAAGUUUUUCCAGUUAGUCUGAUCAAAUAUAGUUGGUAUCAUUUAGAUAUUUUUGUCAUUUAACAACAAUGAUAAGGCGUAUGAAAAGGCCACUCCUGCAUUUUGUUGUCAUACUGCCUUUUGUAUGAAAUGCACAUGCUACUCGCAAGACCUACAGUAAGGGAAUGUUGAUAAGGAAAUGAUGAAAACAUGCAUGUCUGAUAGUUUGGAUUACGGUAAAUAUAUGUGAACUUGUGAGAGAAUGCUUUCCCCCGUUUAACCAAAUAGUCUCAGAAUCAUGAUGAGAUUAUUGAAAUUCACGCCCGAGAAAUGGACCUUGUGCUUAUAGUUUCAUCAGAUAGUAUAAACAGAGUGUACUGUACAUAGCUGAAAUGAUCACAUUGACUGCUUUGUCCCAGCUUUUAACUCUUGAGGUAUACAAGGUACUAAUGAUGAUCAGCUUUUGUAUUCCUCGGUUUGGUAAAUACUUUGAAAUGUCUGAAAUUUUACAGUAAAUGUAGUUAUGUACUGUAUGUUCUUUUUUGCUUAAAUGCCACAUACUUGUGUUUUAAUUGAAUUGGAUCAUAUUUUUAUACUAAAGUACAUAUGUAUCACUAAAUCUGAUAAUUGUUUAUUUGAAAUUGCACGAUUAAAGGGUGCAAUGUAAAUAGACUUAUGGUGUAACAGGGCAACUGGUAAUCUAGAUAUCCAUAGAUCUGAAUCCCACUGGGGACAUUCCUUUGAUUGAUUGCAUUUUUUUUUUAGAUAGAGAACCAUCAAGGCUGUACUAUGUUCUCAGUUCCUUUCAACUGUACUUCAUUUAUCUGUUAAAUUAAGCUCUUAUGAUUUGAACUUACAGCAUACGAGGGCUGUGCAGGGCUGUACGGGCUCACAACUUUGGGUGGUUGAUUAAGCCCUGACCUCCAUGAACUCUGAAUACGAUGAAAAGCUCAUUUAUCGCACGAAGCUCCAGCUUGGCACUGAUCACACAAUACUGAUCUCCUUUUAUACUCUUCUCUCAGGUCGCACAUCAGAAAACAAAUAGGGUAAUAUAUGCACAGAAUUGUAUUGUUACUAUCAGAAAUGCUCCACAGUUGCCUCCUCAUCUUGAAAAGCAAGCAAACCUGUAUUUUUUUUUUUUUCACACAUCACAUCUCUGUUAGUUAACGGACAAACUGAAUGCACUCAUGAUUUGCCAUCACAUCACAUGCUAUUACGGUAACUAUGACGCAGUAAUGAAAAUGCCGUAUAUAUUGUUUUAUAAGCCUGAUUUUUGUCGUGCUUUUUGUCUUGACUUUUCUCUCCUCACUCGCUGCUACGUUGUACUAACUCACCAAACAUUUCUUAUGCCACGAGUAGAUCACAGACCUUCAAGCUGCCUCUACUUACUUAUGAUAUCUGGUCACAGAAUGUCAGAACCACACGCGGAAUUCAUUCACCGCAGCUCAGUUUUUCACCUUGCAAAUUCCUGGGACUUGGAGAUCCCAGAUAUGCUCGGGGAUUAACCACAAACAAUGUGUGCCUUAGUGUGUGUAAAUGCCAUAAAACACCAGAGAUUAAAAGAAAAAGACUUGACUCGAGCACACACUUUUAGAACUGUAAACUUUUAGUGUCUUCAGCUGGAUUUAGCUGUUUGUGACACACUAGGGUCCUGCAGACAUGAAAUGUCACUGUAAAGUUGGGAAAAUAUCCGAUAUAAGUAAAACAGAGUGCUAUUUGAAGCUUCAUGUUCCAUUUAGAAAAGCAACAGUAAAGGAUUCACUUUCCAAAAAAAAGACAGACUUUUAAAAGUUAAAAUGGUUGAAACUGUAGAGCAAGGCCCGGGAAGAGAAGUCAUGUAAAUUUGUGAUGUCGGCUUACCUUUAGGAAUGUCUGUUUUGUGUUGAAUUGACAAGGGACAUUUUAACUUGUAUCAGGGAAUCUUAGUCUUCCUUUGUUGAAAUAGCUCAGGAUAUAGAAAAGUACUGUUUCUCCUCUAUCUGUCUCUCUUUAUUCACUCUGCAGUGAGUUUAUAGUGCUCUGCCUUACAGCACACAAACAACGAUAUGGAUUAAUAUGAACAUUUUUUAUUUUUAUUUUCCAAAACUGACACAAAAAAUAAAUGUUACCGGGGGGCAGCAGUCAUAGGAAUUAGAUAUUUGAUUUUUUUUUUUUUUCCUGAAUUUCUUGGAGUUUGUUUUUGUGGCUAUAGUGUCAUGCAGCGAGACAACCGAGACUGUCUUUGGAUGUGUUGUUAAUGUGUACUGUGGCUUGAUAACAAUACUGUAAAUGUUUGAUGAAUGUAUAUUUAGUCAUUUAAACAAUGAAACAAAUUGACAUUGAAUGGAUUUAAAAAUAAAUGAUUUUAAAAUCCA